CACCGAUCCACGGAAAGAGCCGAAGAUGUCGGCUUGGUCAUAUGAUCAGCUGUGUCCAAUCACAGCUGAUCACAUGUACACUGAUCAUCAGAGCACUGAUGAUCAGUGUGCCCUGAUGAUCAGUGUAGCCCCAGCAGUGCCACCUGUCAGUGUCCAUCAGUGCCAGCUGUCAGUGCUCAUCAGUGCCACGUGCCAGUGUCCAUCAGUGCCACAUCAGUGCCCAUCUGAGCUGUCUUUCAGUGUCACCCAUCAGUGCCAGUCAGUGCCAACUAUCAAUGCCAAUCAGUGCUGCCAAUCAGUGCCGCCUAUAAGUGCCAGCCAGUGCCACCUAUCAGUGCGCAUCAGU